GAUUCGCCAUUUUGGAAACGCGAAUCGUUCACAGCACAACCGUCUUGAGCACAGGAACUAUGCCGCCGGGCCGGCCUCGCAAACUACACCUAGAUAGAAAGGACGAAACAGGUUUCAGUGAUGGAUCACGGGAAAAGAAGUGCAACAUUUGCUCGCAGAUUUUCACCAAAGAGAGCAAACUGCAGAAGCAUCUCCGUGAACAUGAGCUUAACGAUAAGCCUCAUCGCUGUGACCAAUGCCCACAGACUUUCAACGUGGAGUUCAACCUCACGCUGCACAAGUCCACACACAACACGUCUGACUUCACCUGCCCUGUUUGCAAUAAGAGGUUCUCCCGCAUCGCUGGCCUCAAAUCCCACGUCAUGCUUCACAAAAAGGAGGAGAACCUUAUCUGCUCCGAGUGCGGCGAUGAGUUCGUGCUCCAGAGCCAGCUGGUUCUGCACAUGGAGGAGCACCGGAAAGAGCUGUCGGGCGUCAAGGUGUACACCUGCAAAACGUGCCACAGGGAAUUCAAGACAUUUGUGGAGUUAAGGGAGCACACGAAGAGUCACGUAAAGAUGAGGGCGCUGACCUCCAGCUCCAGAAACUACAAGAAAAACAUAGAUCGCAGUGGGUUCACAAACAGCUGCCAUCACUGUGAAAAGGCCUUCAAAAAGCCCAGCCAGCUCAUCAGACACAUACGAAUACACACAGGUGAAAGACCCUAUAAGUGCACACACUGCAACAAGGCUUUCAACCAGAAGGUGGUGCUGCAGACUCACAUGGUGAAACACACAGGAGAGAAACCUCACCUCUGCAUGUUCUGCCCGGCAUCUUUCUCUCAGAAGGGCAACCUGCACUCUCAUGUUCAGAGGGUUCAUUCAGAGACCAAAGGAGUACCUGUGUUCCCGUGCAUGGACUGCAGCUGUUCAUUCAGGAAGCUGGGGAGCCUAAAUGCCCACAUCAGCAAGAUGCACAUGUCUGUGAUUGAGGUGCCUUCCAGCACUUCGGAGACCGAGACGACAGGUCAGAGCGCCGGGGGGUCGGAGGGUGCUGAAGGGGUGACGGAUGUCAUCCAGCAGCUCUUGGAGCUGUCGGAGCAGGUCAGCGGGGAGACGGCACAACCGCAGCCUCCAGAGCCAGCUAUUGCCAUGGAAACAGCCAUUAACCAGGACAUCCUGCAGCAAGCUUUGGAGAACAGUGGUCUGAGUGUUGUCCAGCCCAAGACUGAGGCUGCAUCCGCAGUGUCUCAGAACCAGAACUCUGAGGUUUCUGCACCAGAGAGCAAAAAAGUGGAGUUUCCAGACAAAUCCAUAAGGGAGAAGAAGAGGAGCAUUUUUAAGAAGCCUAUACAAAUGCCAGGCUCGAUCAGGGAAGAGGACGGUGUCCGCUGGCAUGGCUGCCCUUACUGCUCCAAAGAGUUCAAGAAGCCCAGCGACCUUGUGCGCCACAUUCGCAUCCACACCCACGAGAAACCCUUCAAGUGCAAACAGUGUUUCCGAGCUUUUGCGGUGAAGAGCACUCUCACUGCGCACAUGAAGACGCACACGGGCAUCAAGGCCUUUGAGUGUCAGUGCUGCCUGAAACGCUUCUCCACAUCAGGCAGCAUGAAGGUCCACAUGCGGCUGCACACAGGUGUGCGCCCUUUCCCCUGCCCUCACUGCGACAAGAUCUUCCGCACAUCAGGUCACAGGAAAACACACAUAGCAUCACACUUUAAAAUCUUGCAGCUGAAGAAGAACAGAUUCCAACGGAAAACUAAUAAAGCCAAAGCCUCCAAGAACAUCCUACCUCUGCCUGACAUCCCCUUACAGGAACCCAUCCUCAUCACAGAUUACGGCCUCGUCCCUUCCCAGAAUAGCCGCCUUACUUUUCAGCAGUACCUGGAUGUGGGCAAUGAACGGCCGUACAAGUGCCAGUACUGCAACAAGGCCUACAAGAAGUCAAGCCACCUAAAACAACAUGUCAGAUCUCAUACAGGAGAACGGCCAUACAAGUGUUUUCAGUGCAGUCGUGGUUUCGCCUCUUCAGGAGUCCUUAAAGCUCAUAUCCGAACCCAUUCGGGCCUAAAAGCAUACAAGUGUCCGAUGUGCGACACAACGUUCACCACCAGCGGCAGCUUGCGGCGCCACAUGACUACUCACAGUGAACUUCGACCGUACAUGUGCCCCUACUGCCAGAAGACAUUCAAGUCUUCACCCAACUGUAGGAAGCACAUGAAGACGCACAGGUAUGAACUGGCCCAGCAGCUGCAGCCACAGUCAGGAGACGAUCCGCUGGGAACAGGUGGCGUUACCCACGAUAUGCCGGUGGAAAUGGAGGCAGAGUCUCUCCAGCAGGGUACCACCACCACAGUGGAGCAGCAAGGCAUGCUGGGACUGGGCCAGACAGAGGUUGUAAAUGGGGGCCCGCAAGUAUCACUUGAUGCCCCCCUGACUGACCAAGCACUCGUUCAAGGUGAAGACUCGUACGUAACUACACAACAUGGUUUGCCUCAGAAUAUCAGUCAGUUUGAGACGCCAGCACUACCUCAGCCUGCCUUUGACCAGCAAAGUCUAACACAAGGCUUCAGCAUAUCUGAAUCAAGCUACAACCAGCCCCAGUUCUCAGCGGUGCAGCAGCUGCAGGAUUCCAGCACCUUGGAGUCCCAGGCGCUUUCCUCCAGCUCCUACCCUCCAAACCUGCUUCAUGUCUCCAGCUCAGAGGUUACGAAUGGACUUCUACAGGAGAGCGGGCAGAGUGAUCUCCAGCUGCACUCAGAAGAACCAGACUACCAGGAAGAUGGGGAAGACAACUCCAAAAGAGCCCACAGAUGCAGUUGGUGCACUAAAGCUUUUAAACAGUUGAGCCAUCUGAAGCAGCACAUCCGAUCCCACACUGGCGAGAAACCGUACAGCUGUGACCUCUGCGGACGAGGUUUUGUUUCGGCAGGAGUGCUGAGGUCCCAUAAAAACACACACACAGGAGUGAAACCAUUUAAAUGUGAUGUUUGUGAUGCAUCUUUCACCACUAGUGGUAGCCUCAGUCGCCAUGCAUUUAUCCACAACAAGUCCUUCAAAUGCUCCAUCUGUAACGAGACCUUUAGAACCACUCUGCUUUGUAAAAGGCAUGCGAAGAAGGAGCAUGGCGUGGAAGUAAAAGUUAUAGAACUUGAAUGUAGAGACAGGGAAGAUGAUGAUGAAGAUGGAGAACAGAAAACAUCUAAGAGGAGGAGCCUGGAAAUCAUCACCUUCACAGAGGAGCAGGCAGCCGAGCUGGCGAAGGACCCGGGAGAGGAGGCGUCGGUGUCGGAGCGAAUCCUCGCCCAGUCGGCCGCUGAGAGGGAUCGCAUCAGUGAGAUCAAGGACAAAGCUGUGGAGCUGGAAACAGAACCCAAGUUUGCCAACUGCUGCAGUUUCUGCCCAAAGAGCUUCAAGAAGCCCAGCGACCUUGUCAGGCACAUCAGGAUCCAUACGGGUGAAAAACCAUACAAGUGUGACGAAUGCGGGAAGAGUUUUACGGUGAAGUCAACCCUGGACUGCCAUGUUAAAACACAUACAGGUCAGAAACUGUUCAGUUGUCAUAUGUGCAACACCUCCUUCUCCACAAAGGGCAGCCUGAAGGUCCACAUGCGCCUCCACACCGGCUCCAAGCCUUUCAAAUGCCCCUUCUGCGAGCUUCGCUUCAGAACCUCGGGCCACCGUAAAACCCACAUCCAGUGUCACUUUCGCUCAAACGGCGACAGCCGCAAAGGCAAGCGCUCCUCUACCUCUAUGGGUCAUCCAAGACACGGUCAGGACUCGGCCACUGGCCAGAAUGGGGCCUCCAGUCAGGGCCAGCAACCAACCACUACGGAACCACUUCAACCUGUGGGUCUGCUACAGACAUCCAGCUCUGAUCCCAACAUUUACCUCCCAGCCAAUCAGGUUUUGACUGGGCAGUUUGACCAGAACCUGCUGCAGUCGGGCCUUGUGAGUCAGGCUAUCCUGCCUGCCUCUAUGUCAGCUGCAGGUGACCUUACUGUGUCUCUCCCUGAUGGCCUUACAACGCUGGAUGGUAUCCACCUCCAGCUGACCCCGGCCAGCCUGGUGUGCCCCAACCUGCAGAUCUCUGGCCUCGAUACCAGCAACAUCACACUACAGAUCGACCCUGCCCUCCUCCAGCAGACCCUCCAGCAGGGCGGCCUGCUCUCCCAGCCCCUGAGCGUGGACACCGGCCUGGUCUCUCACUCCGGCAGCCAGCUCAUGUCCGUAAACGACCCGUCCGUCUCCGCCAACGUCGUCAUCCAUCCUCUGACCAGCCUGGCCAUGCAGCCGUCCAGCAUCUCCUCCCCACAGGUCUCCAUAGCCGGCCUGCCAGAGCAGGAUGUUACAGGCCCCCAGGACCUUAACCAGGUCAUUAGCGGCGCAGGGCUAGUGGCAGGAAGUAGCGGCAGCCAGGAGAUAACUCUGACCAUCAACAACUCCAGCCUUACCCAGGCUCUGGCUCAGGUCCAGGCUCAGGCCUCUGCAGCCGGAUCCGGCGCUGCACCAGGAAACCCUCAGGAGAUCACACUCACCAUUUCAGGUCAAGAUCUGCUUCCCCAUCAUAACAAUAGCAAUGGUGCAGAGAUGAGCGGCAGCCUCAGGCUUGCAUCUCCACUCACCAGCCAACCCACGAAUGCGACCAUGACCAUCACCAAUGACCACCUUCUACCUCAGAGCCCGGCCAGCACUGGGAUGGCAGUAACCAGUCUGGCACCCAGCACCACUUUGUCUCAUACUGCUGCGUCAAAGAGCUUAGUGAUGUCACCAGGAGGCGUGGCGAGCGAUGGAAGCGUCACCCUUACCCUCACGGAUGCUCAGGCCAUGCUGGAUGGUGUCACCUUAAACCUCAGUGCACAGGUUAAAAAUCCCAUGUACUGUGAACAUGAGCAACACUCACAUUUAUUAGGUCAGACGUUCCCUGCAGUACUAAAUGACCCUGGCCUGCCGGGACAGUCGGCCAACUCCAGCCAGCAGGUCUUACUGGUCAGCCAUCAUUCCCAAUCAUCAAAUGGGGCGUCAGACAAUGGAUAUUUUAAUCCUGCAGACGGGGAAAAAGUUGGCAAAGACUCCCAGUCAGACAUCGAUAACAGGAACCAGUGUUUUUACUGCAACCAGCUGUUUGGGAACGGAAACGCGCUGCGACGGCACUGCAAGCAAGCUCAUGGCAAGGACCGCUGCUACGUCUGCAGCUUCUGCAAAAAGGCUUUCAAGCGAGCGACGCACCUCAAGGAUCAUGAACGGGUGCACCAGCCAGGCCCUUCACCCAGCUCCCAGAAACCCAGAGUCUUCAACUGUUGCUCUUGUGCCAAGGCAUUUGCGAAACGCAGCCAGCUGGAGAGACACAACCGAACACACACAGGCGAGCGCCCCUUUAAGUGCAACCAGUGCGACAAGGCCUUCAACCAGAAGAGCGCUCUGCAGGUCCAUAUGGUCAAGCACACUGGGAGGAAGCCCUUUAAAUGUGAGGUGUGCAGCAUCAGCUUCACCCAGAAGAGCAACAUGAAAUACCACAUGAAGAGAUCCCACGGCUAUGCCCUUACAGGUCAAAUCCAAGACGUCUCCCUGGGCCAGGAGGAGCCGGCGCCUCGGGUUGAAGUAACACCUGAGCUGGACCUGGAAGUGGUUCCUGAAUCCGCCGGAGACUGGCACAAUUGUUCUCCUGACUACUCCCCGCCAGGACUGCCUAGUGUCAUGAACUCAUGAAGUUUCACAGCUGAGCAGCCAAACUUUGCUGAACUAAGAGUUUGGAAGAAAAAAAAAAGAAAAGCUUCCUGACUUUUUAAAUUAGUUCCACUUAGAAGGAAGGCUUCAUCCGCCUGCCUGCUGUUUUAUCACAAUUAGCAUUGAAGUAAAGGGAGCGUGCCUCUCCGCUUCUCUGGAAGGGUUUAAUGACUUUUAUCCGUUUGACUAGUCUGUGAUUGUCAUCGGCCUCCAGAGAGGUGGGGCUCCAUCGGCUCAGGCUUCCCAGGGAGAUAACCCCUCAGCUGAUGGAAGUCCCUCUGAUGCUGACCCUCGACAAGAACAGCCCCGCGGAGAAGCAGAGUCUGGUCCCUCCAUUCCCGAUCAAACAGACUGAGAGGAGAGGAGAGGACGAGGCCAGCUGCCUUAGCUUCAGGAGCAGCAGACAUGACCAGUUACUGCUGGUUCCAAUAUAUCUGUCACUUUUGUUUGACAUGUUUAUAGUGUAAAUAUUCCGCCUGGAUGUGAGAUAACAUUUCCAGAUUAACUGUAAAAAUUGGACUUAAAGAAUCUGUGAAGGCACUGAUUUGGAUUCAGUUACUGAAUGAAGAUGUUGUUAUUUGCUUUUGUAUCGUUUGGACUGAAAUAAGUUUAUUCACUGUAGUUAAUUGUGUAAAUAUUGUUGUCAGAAGGCAUAUAUUUUCAAAAAAAAAAACACACACUGGGAAACAGAUUAUUUGGAUAAAUGUCAUUUUGGUAAAAGUAAAGCUAAGAUGAUACACUUUUGGGGGGUCGUUUUCCAGUUUCAUUUCAGUUUCUUUAUAAAGUGCCAUUUCACAACACGUCAUCUCAAGGCACUUUACAGAGACAAUACUUUUGCAGUUCUGUUUUCUAUGGGUGAUUUUAAACUUCAAAUUAAAGGACAUUUUUUAUGAA